AUGGCCACUUUGGAGAGAGGACUCGAUGGUGGUGUUGUGUACGCGGACCGCCAAGAGAGGACCACCUGUCCCUCUCAGUGCGUGCAGAUUAAGCCCAUCCAGGAGGUGAAGGUGCGCUUUGUGGAGCAACUGUCCAGCCUGCAGAGCAAGCAGCAGCGGGAGCUGGAACUCCUGGAGGACAUCAGGUCCUACAGCAAACAGCGAUCUGCCAUCGAGAGGGAGUAUGGGCAGGCGCUCCAGAGACUGGCGAGUCCGUUCCUGAAGAGAGAGUGGCUGCGGGGCCGGAGUGAGAGCAGCGACUGCAGGAGUGUUUUUACCGUCUGGAAGGGGGUGAUCGAUGGCACCGUCUGCUCCGGCCAGGCCCGGGUCGCUGCCUCCGAUAACUAUCGCACCGUAAGCACAGAGGCAGCUAAAACCGCUCGGGUGUCCAAAGAGCACCUGCUCAAAAAGGGCAUUGAGCAGCUGCUGAGUACGCAGGCGGAACUGCUGGAGUCCGUGAAGGAAGUCGGCAAAAGCAAGAAGCAUUACGUGCAGCUGCAGCGGACCAAUGAGGUGUCCCGGGAGAAGGCUGCUGACGUGGAGGCCAGGCUCCGGAGGAGCGACCAUGGCAUAUUUCACACCAAGGGCAGCUUGCAGAAGCUCAGUGCCAAGUUCUCUGUGCAGCUGGCCGAGAAUUCGCAGCAGCUGCUGUUGGCCCAGAACGAGUACGCCCUGAUGCUGGUGGCUGUCAAGGCCCACCUCGAGCACUACUACCAGAAAGAGCUGCCUGCCGUCAUCCAGGUGUGCCGGGAGCAGAACCUCCUCCUGUUCCUGCAGGAUAACGCUGCCUUCUCACCAACGGCCGCCCAGCCCUUCCAGCCGGAAGGAGCAGACCAGGUGGUUUCUCUCCUGGUUGACAGUGGGCUGGAAAAGGAAGCCCGUCGCUGGGCCAGUCGGGCAGCCAAAGAUUAUAAGAUCCAAACUGUCAGUGAGCAGGUUCUGCAGAGAAUGGAAGCCCGAAGGCAGCAGGUCAAUGAGACAGAGAUGUCCGGCAUGGAGAAAAGGAUGGAAGACUUGAAGGAAAAUAUCCGGAAGGCAGAGGUCAGCAAGGUGAAGGCGGAGGCUCGGCUGUUGCUGCUGCGGCAGGCUGGCUUGGAUGUAGACCCCUGGCUAGCCAGUGCCAUGGGGCAAGUCCUGGAUGAAAUCGAGCAAGAGCGGCGGCUCAGCGAAGCACGCAGAUCCGAGAGGGGCUCCACUCCAGCGGCAGAGGAAUUCGAUCCGGCCGAGUUUGAAGAUUAUGACGACAGCACAGAACUGUUUGAGGACACUCGGCCGAGCCCGGGCAUGACCCGCACCUACCCUUCGUCUUGCAGAGUGUUCUUCCCAUACCAGGCCUGCCAGUCUGAUGAGCUGACCAUUGUCCAGGGGGAGGAGCUGGAGGUCCUAGAAGAUGGCGACGUGGAGGAAUGGGUCAAGGCACGCAACCAGGCAGGACAGGUUGGCUACGUCCCUGAGAAAUACCUCCUCUUCCUGGAUUCCGUGGGCAGAACCUGUGUAGUCCCAGAUGGGGGCAGCCAGGAGGGCUCUUCAGAGAAGAAGAAGGAGCUGACAGACCUCAUGCUGGAGCCCGGAGCCUGGCUAGUCCGGGCCCUGUAUGACUAUGAAGGGCAGAGCCCGGAGGAGCUCAGCUUCCCAGAGGGAGCCAUCAUCCGAGUGCUGCCCCGCGAGCAGGGGACGAUUGAUGAUGGCUUUUGGAAAGGGGACUUCAAUGGGAGAGUUGGCGUCUUCCCGUCCUUGGUGGUGCACGAAAUCAUGGGCGCUCCCAGGGGAGCUGAGCAGGAUUUGCCUUCCCCCGCACCUCCCGAAGGCUCCCCUCCAGUCCUGGACCCGACGGUAGCGUCUCCUGCAGAAGCACUUGUGGGGGGUAACUGGCGAGGAAGCACAGCCAGUGAGCAUAGUUCUCCUGACCUGAACAUGCCUCGUAUUCGUCCAGUUCGGGCUCCCCCCCCUCCACCGCUGAAGGCCCCAGAAGCCGACUCAUCGCCUGGCCGUGGUUAACUCUGAUAAGCUCCCAGAGGAGGCCUGACUGCUUAGGACAGCUUUGGGUCCUUGGGUGCCACAGUACCCCCACCUCCAGCUGUUUCUUCUGACGAGACCUCUUAGAUGCUCUGCUGUGUGGCCACUCUAGAGCCUCAUUCCAGACCCUUGCAAGGAGGCCAGAUGAUGGUGGGACGAGGGUGCCAAAAGGCACAUUGCCUGCACGCUGCCCCUCUCCCCAGCAGCCCUGGGGACCACUUCUGCAGCACAGAAGGAGGUGCCCAAAGAGUGUCUCUGCUUGCACUGUUACCAAGUCCUGCGGGCCAGCACCUAGAGAUGGCACACCCUGUCCUGCGCCAAAAGUCUCCCUGGACCCCAGCUGAGGCUAUGCAAGCAUUUUCCCUCUCUGGGGCGGGAGCUGGUCUCUCCCUCAGCCUUCAAUGCUGCUAGCUAACUUCACCUGUGUCUUCCCUUCGCCUGUCGGGGCCACCGGUGUGCCUUUUCCCAUCAGAACACAGAGUACGAAGUGCUCCUUCUCUCGUUCCGCCAUUAGUUCUUUGCGGUCCCCUGCAGAGCGAGCUGCCUUCUGUGUGGCGUUGACAGAGGAAUUGCCGUGUUGUCCGUUGCCCAAUAAAGAGACCUCACUCAAGCCAUGUC